AUGGCCUCGCCGAGCCCAGAGAACGGCGCUGGCCCGUCGCGCAACUUCCCGCUGGACCCUACCGAGUUUGACAGCGACCCGCGCAUCUCGUUCUCGAAACUAGACGAGAAAUACAUUCUGGAGACAGAAGAUGGCCAGGAAUUUGUGUUUGACUCGGUGAUCAAGCGAUGGGUCCAAACGGUCGACGAGGAUCUACUUCGGCAGCAGCAAGAAGCCUACAAGGUGGCAGGAGUGGAUGAAACCGAAGUCACAGAUCCCCGGGAAAGGAAGAAGCGGAAACAGCAAGCGAGCAGCGAGGAUACCAAUGCGCAAAAACCAAAGAAGCAACGCGUCAACACCGCCGUCUUUGUCACGUCGAUUCCCCUGGAUGUCGAGUUCGAUGAGAUCCGGGACGUCUUCUCGAAAUGUGGCGUGAUCGCCGAAGAAAUCGACAGUGGCCGCCCCCGCAUCAAGAUGUAUACCGAUGACGAUGGCAAAUUCAAGGGCGAACUGCUGGUGGUCUACUUCCGGCCUGAGUCGGUCAAUCUGGCUAUCCAGAUGCUUGACGAGACGGAUUUCCGACUAGGGGUCCCCGGGCCCCUUGGGCCGAUGCGCGUGCAGCCGGCCGAUUUCUCAUUCAAGAGUCAACAGGAUGCCCCGGUCAAGACCAACCUCCGGGAUAAAAAGAAGAUUAUUCAGCGGACGCAGAGAUUGAACAGCAAAUUGGCUGACUGGGAUGAUGAUGACCCGUCGAUACUCCCGGAUACGAGGUUGCGACAAGAGAAAACUGUGAUAUUGAAGCACAUGUUUACUCUGAAAGAAUUGGAGGAGGACGCAGCAGCUAUUCUCGACAUCAAGGAAGACAUCCGAGACGAGUGUUCCAAGAUUGGCGAAGUGACCAAUGUAGUACUCUACGACAAGGAGCCAGAGGGUGUGGUGAGCGUCCGGUUUCUUGAGCCAGAGGCUGCCAAGCAAUGUGUUCAGGCUAUGGACGGCCGUUUCUUUGGCGGGACCCGGGUUGAGGCAUACAUAUCUGAAGGCCGUGAGAAGUUCAAAAAGACUAAUGAACGGCGGGCAGCCCUUGAGGAUAUGGCUGAACGUGGUAUUGAUGCCGAGGAUGAGGAGGAGAACCAGCGCCUAGACGAGUUUGGGACAUGGCUGGAGAGUUCACAUGUGGUGGAGAAUUCCGCCAAAUGA